UUUGGCGCUACUUCUUUUCACAGAAGGAGUGUUAAAGAUAUCGAGUAUUAUUGGUGAAGUCAGCAAUGCUCACAAAUCCACGGACCAUUCGCAGGUCCUGAGGAAAGUGAAGAACAUAUUGGAAUUUCGGGCGAAAUUUUCAAGGAAAGAGAAGAUGGUUUUGAAAAGAAGGAAAGAAAGGAAAGGGUAAGUCCAGAGCGUAUAGAAGAUCAAGGUGAAGAUCAAGAAUUUAUCAUAGAUGAAGGUCAAGAAUUUACCAUAAAUGAGGAAUUCGAGGAUUCUAGGGGCAGGGGCACUCACAAAAUAGGUUCAGAUAAUAAUUAUGAUCAGCUUUUUUCUCAACAAAACUCAACAGAAUUUAAGUAGGAUGCCGGACAAUAAAGAAGCCGUGGAAAAGUUGCAGGCUGUUGUCUUGUCAUUCAUAAUAAGAACCGUUUUGGAAAUCUGGGUGAGGUUCCGGUCUUCGUGUUGUCUGCCUCAAUUUUCAAAUGAUUUGUCGGAUAAGUCUGUCUCUGUCUUCAUCAGCUUGUAUCGUCUGUUUGGAGUCGGAUGUUUGUCCAUAUUCAAUAUUUUAUCUUGCUUUUGGUCACGUGUCCAAAUUUUUAUUUACUUUUUGACAUGUGGAAGAGGCACCACCAAGAGAAGUUUGGAAUUAUUUUAUGAAAGUUCAUUAGAAAAAGUCCGGUAUUCAAAGUGUCAGGAGGAAUUCAAUUAUUGCAGCAGUACUUCUCCCAUGCAGAAGCACUUUAUAACAGUCCAUCAAAUGAAACUAUGCAGUAGCUCCAAAAAACGGAAACUUGAUGUCACUUCUAACCCUGCCAGUGCUAAAGACUCUGAUCGUAUAGGCGGUUUCGUGGAAGAGCUACUUGCUUUGUCAUCUCGUAAGGAUGCGGAGUCUACUGAGGACCAAAUAAAAACAUCCGGAGAUUCGACUCGUCCUAUCCUAAUUAUCAAAGGGACGACUAUGUAUCAGGAAUCAUAUUCAUGUUUUGUCGUGGUGGAAAAGACGAUUUUACUGGAAACUGACAGUGUCUUGCAAGGAGCUUUUUUCAUCGUGUUGAGUCACUAUGUGUACGGAAUGCUUCUGGAUAUUAAUCCUCAAAAAGGGAACAAAUGUCAACAGAAAAAGAAACACCAGAAACUUGACGAUGAUGAUUCAAGAGCCAUAAAAUUAAUAAAUAAAAUUGUUAAAUUUGAAACUUCCAACAUAUUAUAAUGUUUUAUAAAAUAACUUUACAUAAAUUAUAAUGCAAUUUAGUAACUUUGUAUUUUGUAAUUUAUUAAAUCGUACAAUUGUAAUUCAGAAAUAUGUCUAAACUUUAUAGAAAAGUUUUCGAAAAU